GGCUCCCGGGUCGGGUGGGGAACCAGGCUGGAGGUCCUGGAGGGUCAGGGUCCCCGGAAGAGGGGAGGGAGGAGCUGAGGGGGGACCCCCCGGCGCCGGGACGGGGUCGCUCAGAGGCCUCGCAGGGAUGGGGACCCCGCGAGCGCUGGUGCUCUGGGCCGCACUGGGGGCGGCAGCUCACAUCGGACCGGCCCCGGACCCUGAGGACUGGUGGACCUACAAAGACAAUCUCCAGGGGAACUUCGUGCCAGGGCCUCCCUUCUGGGGUCUGGUGAAUGCGGCCUGGAGUCUGUGUGCCGUCGGGAAGCGGCAGAGCCCCGUGGAUGUAGACCUGAAGAGGGUCCUGUAUGACCCCUUUCUACCUCCACUAAGAUUGAGCACAGGGGGAGAGAAGCUUCGCGGCACUUUGUACAACACUGGCCGCCAUGUCUCCUUCCUGCCUGCACCCCGACCUGUGGUCAACGUGUCGGGGGGUCCCCUCCUUUAUAGUCACCGACUCAGUGAACUAAGAUUGCUGUUUGGAGCUCGUGAUGGAGCCGGCUCUGAACACCAAAUCAAUCAUCAGGGCUUCUCUGCUGAGGUGCAGCUAAUACAUUUCAACCAAGAACUCUACGGAAAUCUCAGUGCUGCCUCUCGGGGCCCUAAUGGCCUGGCCAUACUCAGUCUCUUCGUCAAUGUGGCUGGUAGCCCAAACCCAUUCCUAAGUCGCCUCCUUAAUAGGGAUACAAUCACCCGCAUCUCCUACAAGAAUGACGCCUACUUUCUUCAAGAUCUGAGCCUGGAGCUCUUGUUCCCCGAAUCCUUUGGCUUCAUCACCUAUCAGGGGUCCCUCAGCACCCCACCCUGCUCAGAAACUGUCACCUGGAUCCUCAUUGACCGAGCCCUCAAUAUCACUUCCCUCCAGAUGCAUUCCCUGAGGCUCCUGAGCCAAAAUCCUCCGUCCCAGAUCUUCCAGAGCCUCAGCGGUAAUGGCCGACCCCUGCAGCCUUUGGCCCACAGGGCCUUGAGGGGCAAUAGGGACCCCCGGCACCCCGAGAGGCGCUGCCGAGGCCCCAACUAUCGCCUGCAUGUGGAUGGUGUCCCGCACGGCCGCUGAGCCUCCCUAUCGAGGAUUGCCCGUUCGUUCCACGCUUCCCUGUAAGGGGAGGGGAGUUACCCCCC